CGGCUCAAGACAGCCUUGAGCUCACUGGGAAAAGAAAAUGACUGUUAAAAAUUAUCCUUGAAAUUGGUUAUUUGGCAACAUUCUUAAUUGUAUGGAAAUUCAUUAAGGCAUAUUUCAUAUGUAAUUAGCUCAAGGUUGUUGAUUCUACAGGCUUUAUGGAUUUAAAUCUGAUUGAUAAUAAAGUAAACAAGAGAGUCGAAUUUAAAGCGUGGCUCUCUCGGGUUAGGACGAGCUUAAUACAGUGUACAAGGAAUUUGAAAGAUCUAGGAUAUGUGUCUUAAUCAACGUUAAGUAGAAUGGAUAAGCUUUCACCAUUUUGAAAACGCUGGGUUAGGGUUUCUAUUCUAUUGUGUGUUUUCUGUCUGGGGACUAAUAAGCAUCACAGAGAACGUGAUCUGAGGCGACUUUUUAUUCUUGUAUAAAUCCAGAGUGAACCACCAAACAGUUGUUCGUUUAAAGUCAAGGUAAUUUUCUUUUGACGGGUCCAUUUGCUUCUCGAUUUCUAAUUUAUUAGCCUGCCUUUUCAGGGCUCUGUCUUCUUUGCAAUUAAAGCUUCUUCAGAUUAGCGCAGCAUUCACUUGACAGGCUGUUUGGAAAAUAUAAGAUCGGAGAGGUGAUUUGUUGCUGUUUUUCAAAUUUUCUAGUUUUAAGUAACAUGUCUCCUUUUUAUAUGGGGUGGGGGAUUGGAAAUGGAUGUAGUGAGACACAAAGAGUGGGUGUCUUGUUGAUCCUUGUACCUUUCUCUUCUUGACCUUUCCACUCUCUUCUCCCAAGCCUUCGACUCCUAGCCUCAUCUCUUCACCUUCGGGUUCGUACUAAAAGCCGGAUCGCCUUGGGCUGGGCAGGAGCUGAAUUCCCGGGAGCUUGCCUGUGUAGACCCAGUGGGUACGGCGAGGCAGUAGCCCGGCCCCGCACUGCUGAUAGGUGCAGGCAGGACAGUCCCUCCACCGCGGCUCGGGGCGUCCUGAUUGGUGCGGAGCCACGUCACUCGCACCCGGAGAAGGGUCUGGGAGGAGGCGGAGGCGGAGAGGGCUGGGGAGGGCCGCAGCGGAGUGACGUCUCGGCACCAGGAAGCCCGCCUCUGGUUUUAAGAUGUUAGGCCAACAGGGAAGCGCGGAGCCGCAGAUCUGGUCCGUCGCUCGCCUGGGUGCCUGGAGCUGAGCUGCGGCAAGGCCCGGCUCCUGUUCGACCGCCCGAGGGGUGUGCGUGUGCGCGUUGCGGAGGGUGCGCUCAGAGGGCCGCGUCGUUGCUGCAGCGGCUGCUGCCGCCGCAGGGGAUCUAAUAUCAGCUACCUGUCCCUGUCACUCUUGACACUUCUCUGUCAGGGCUGCCGCGUGGGGGGGGCGGGCAGAGCGCGGUCGGCGUUAGCUUUCCUUAUUGGAGGGGUUCUUGGGGGAGGGAGGGAGAGAAGAAGGGGGUCUUUGCCCACUCUUGUUUCGCUUUGGAGCUUGGAAGCCUGCUCCCUAAAGACGCUCCGAGUGGUGCCCUUCUGCCCACAUCCCAUGUCUUCGUUUGCCCGCUGACUUUCCGUCUCCGGACUUUUUCGCUUGAGCCUUCCGGAGGAGACGGGGGCAGCUUGGCUUGAGAACUCGGCGGGGGUUGCGUCCCCUGGCUCUGCCCGCAGCGGGGAAACUCCGCGCCUAGAGCGCGACCCGGAGCGGGCAGCGGCGGCUACGGGGGCUCGGCGGGGCAGUAGCCAAGGACUAGUAGAGCGUCGCGCUCCCUCGUCCAUGAACUGCAUGAAAGGCCCGCUUCACUUGGAGCACCGAGCAGCGGGGACCAAGCUGUCGGCCGUCUCCUCAUCUUCCUGUCACCAUCCCCAGCCGUUAGCCAUGGCUUCGGUUCUGGCUCCCGGUCAGCCCCGCUCCCUGGACUCCUCCAAGCACAGGCUGGAGGUGCACACCAUCUCCGACACCUCCAGCCCGGAGGCCGCAGAGAAAGAUAAAAGCCAGCAGGGGAAGAAUGAGGACGUGGGCGCCGAGGACCCGUCCAAGAAGAAGCGGCAAAGGCGGCAGCGGACUCACUUUACCAGCCAGCAGCUCCAGGAGCUGGAGGCCACUUUCCAGAGGAACCGCUACCCGGACAUGUCCACACGCGAAGAAAUCGCUGUGUGGACCAACCUUACGGAAGCCCGAGUCCGGGUUUGGUUCAAGAAUCGUCGGGCCAAAUGGAGAAAGAGGGAGCGCAACCAGCAGGCCGAGCUAUGCAAGAAUGGCUUCGGGCCGCAGUUCAAUGGGCUCAUGCAGCCCUACGACGACAUGUACCCAGGCUAUUCCUACAACAACUGGGCCGCCAAGGGCCUUACAUCAGCCUCCCUAUCCACCAAGAGCUUCCCCUUCUUCAACUCUAUGAACGUCAACCCCCUGUCAUCACAGAGCAUGUUCUCCCCACCCAACUCUAUCUCGUCCAUGAGCAUGUCGUCCAGCAUGGUGCCCUCAGCAGUGACGGGCGUCCCGGGCUCCAGUCUCAACAGCCUGAAUAACUUGAACAACCUGAGUAGCCCGUCGCUGAAUUCCGCGGUGCCGACGCCUGCCUGUCCUUACGCGCCGCCGACUCCUCCGUAUGUUUAUAGGGACACGUGUAACUCGAGCCUGGCCAGCCUGAGACUGAAAGCAAAGCAGCACUCCAGCUUCGGCUACGCCAGCGUGCAGAACCCGGCCUCCAACCUGAGUGCUUGCCAGUAUGCAGUGGACCGGCCCGUGUGAGCCGCACCCACAGCGCCGGGAUCCUAGGACCUUGCCGGAUGGGGCAACUCCGCCCUUGAAAGACUGGGAAUUAUGCUAGAAGGUCGUGGGCACUAAAGAAAGGGAGAGAAAGAGAAGCUAUAUAGAGAAAAGGAAACCACUGAAUCAAAGAGAGAGCUCCUUUGAUUUCAAAGGGAUGUCCUCAGUGUCUGACAUCUUUCACUACAAGUAUUUCCAACAGUUGCAAGGACACAUACACAAACAAAUGUUUGACUGGAUAUGACAUUUUAACAUUACUAUAAGCUUGUUAUUUUUUAAGUUUAGCAUUGUUAACAUUUAAAUGACUGAAAGGAUGUAUAUAUAUCGAAAUGUCAAAUUAAUUUUAUAAAAGCAGUUGUUAGUAAUAUCACAACAGUGUUUUUAAAGGUUAGGCUUUAAAAUAAAGCAUGUUAUACAGAAGCGAUUAGGAUUUUUCGCUUGCGAGCAAGGGAGUGUAUAUACUAAAUGCCACACUGUAUGUUUCUAACAUAUUAUUAUUAUUAUAAAAAAUGUGUGAAUAUCAGUUUUAGAAUAGUUUCUCUGGUGGAUGCAAUGAUGUUUCUGAAACUGCUAUGUACAACCUACCCUGUGUAUAACAUUUCGUACAAUAUUAUUGUUUUACUUUUCAGCAAAUAUGAAAAAAAUGUGUUUUAUUUCAUGGGAGUAAAAUAUACUGCAUACAAA